CUGUUGGCAUGUCAUGACAGUCACAAGACUGUCACCCUGAGGCAGUCUUCAGUCAGAGGUCUCUUCAGAAUAAGAUCAUUCCUGCUCCUAGCAUCACCAUCCACAACGACUCUUGAAGACACUUAUUGAGACAUGUUACGACAUUGUUAUUCCAGGGAUAAAUAAAAAAUUCUCGAUUUGAAUCUACUAAACUUUUAUUUUAAUAAUUUUGGGGUUAGUUUGGUUACCUAAACCAGCUCAGAGCCCCGCUCCUCACCGCCAGGAUCGGAUUUGAACUGUUCGUCGUAUCCAGCAUCAUCUGCAAGCAGCGUCCCCUCCCGCGCGCCGCACUCUCGCACACCUGUGAGGAGAGGAAGAGCGCGCGAGCCGCACGUCUCGCGCUCAGCUGGUUUCUGCCUUGGACAGUAAACGAAGCGGCGCGCGAGCUCACACAGCAGGCGAAGUUGCGUUGCGACCCCGCGAUAAAGUGGACGGACUGACCGCAAACACAGCACGACGUACAGAAGUAGACGGGAACGUGUUGCUUUUUUCCUCCCCUAAAGAAUCUGCUUCACGAAGCUCCGCUCUCCGCCAGCUGCGCUCCGCGGCUGCUGAGGCUGCGGCAUGAGCCUAUGUGGCAGGAAGGCGCUGACGUUGCUGAGCAGCGUGUUCGCCGUGUGCGGCCUCGGCCUGCUGGGCAUCGCCGUGAGCACCGACUACUGGCUCUACCUGGAGGAGGGCAUCAUCCUUCCACUCAACCAGAGCACCGAGAUGCGCAUGUCGCUUCACUCUGGCCUCUGGAGGGUUUGCUUCCUCGCUGGCGAAGAGAAAGGCCGAUGUUUUACCAUUGAGUAUGUGAUGCCUACUAACGUCCAGAUAACGUCUGAGUCCACCGUCAGUGUGCUCAAGAUGAUCCGCUCUGCCACUCCGUUUCCUCUGGUCAGCCUCUUCUUCAUGUUCAUCGGCUUUGUGCUCAGCAACAUUGGCCAUAUCCGACCGCAUCGCACCAUCCUGGCGUUUGUUUCCGGAAUCUUCUUCAUCCUCUCAGGUCUGUCUCUGGUCGUCGGCCUGGUUCUGUAUAUCUCCAACAUCAAUGAUGAAAUGUUGAACAGGACGAAAACAAACGAGGCUUACUUUAGCUACAAGUACGGCUGGUCUUUUGCGUUCGCCGCCAUCUCCUUCCUGCUGACAGAGACGGCGGGCGUCAUGUCGGUGUACCUGUUCAUGAAGCGCUACACGGCGGAGGAAAUGUACCGGCCCCAUCAGGGCUUCUACCGGCCCCGCCUCAGCAACUGCUCAGACUACUCAGGCCAGUUCCUCCACCCGGACGCCUGGGCGGGGCGUGGCCGCAGCCCCUCCUCCAUCUCCUCCGAGGCCUCCCUGCAGAUGAACUCCUCCAACUAUCCUGCCCUCCUCAAAUGUCCAGAGUACGAACAAAUGUCCUCCUCACCCUGCUGAGGCGCAGCAUCGCCGCUUCACGCUAACACCCAUCGGGGGGGUUGAUUUGAUUAGAUUUUUUUCUGCCCAUGUUUCGGCAUUUAGUUGUCAAAUAAUUUGAUAUCGUCCAUUUUGAAAUCCUCGCUUUGGAUGCUUGUAACAUUUCUCUUUGCUCUCUCGACUGCUCCGUUCGUAGCUUUGAGUUUUGGGUUUGAAAGAAGCAAAGCAUGAGGUUCCGCUAUGUGCUUCGGAUGGAAGAGGAAGGUUCAACUCCUGCUCUGUUAUUUAAUGACUCAUGCGGACUUUGCAUGUUAAACACACACACACAAAAAACAUAUGGCUGGGAAGUUUACACGGAAAGCAUUAACCAAUCGGUCUUGCUGCCGACUUUAAGAAAACUUUCUCAGGAAAGUUUAUUUCAUUAAAAAAUAAAGUUAUAUCAUAAAAUGUCUUUACAAGCUGCAGUUUACUGCUGCAAAUGUAUUGUGCACAUUCUUUUUCGAGCAUGUUUACAUUACGUUCAGAACCACAUUUCAGAACAAAGGUUUUGAAUGGCACAACUCUGCGGAGAUCCUCUCACUCUACGUAAAAUCAGCUUUAUUAUGUAAAACUCCCUUUUUUAACAAGCAAGCAGUUUUACAGGCAUACAGGAUGGGAGUGAUUAUGAAAAGUGGUGACUGAUAUUUAUGUAAUUAUUGUCUAAUUUCUGUUCUCAAAAUUUUUCACUGUACAUUCUCAUGUUUCACAGACCUUUGGUCAACUUCCAGAAAUAUAAAUGUGUUUAACCUCACUGCACUGGCACUGAGAAGAAACUAUGGGUUUUGCAUUUUUAACGACUCAUGCAAAGGUGCAUUAAAGCUGUUAUUUGAAUUCGUGGAUGACUGUUUAAAUUUAGACAUACUUGUUAUGUGUACUCGCAAAGCUAAAAUAUAUAUCAAUAUGUAUAGCCUUUACCGUGCUCUCUCAAUUUAUGGUGCAAAAAUGCACAGUAGCUUUACUUUGUGAACCAGAAAAUGGUUUCUUAGCCAAGCAAAUUUUCACAGAAGGUGAAGUGAGGUAACAUUUCUAAAGAAAGCAAGCAAGCAAUCUGUUGAUUGUGGUCAUCAAGUCAAAUGGAUUUGUGGAUGUGGAGUGUGAUAAGACCGGAGGGGACGUGUGAUUACUCGUGUUUGAAGUGGAAUGUGAUUGCGUCAGGUGGAGUUAAGAACUAUUUUCAUAUUAAGUCGUUGUGAAUGUAAGACGUGCCGAAAGAAAACACUGCUAAAAGAGAUUUCCUGCUCCAAAUACCUCCCCACACGGGAUAGUGUGCAGUAUUAACCCAAAUUACAGAGACAUAUUUUUAUAACGGAUCACCUUGUAACGUCAGAACGUACAGAUGUCUCAUACCUACAUGUGUGUAUUUAAUGCAGCAGCAAGCGUUCACUAUACACAUAUAUUUAGUCUCGCGCAAUCAGUUCAAUAUUUUUAUUGAAAUUAUUGUUACUAUAUAAUGUUGCAUGGUGUGCACACCACAUGAGAUGACUGGUUUGUAGCAUUUGGUAGCUGAAACGCGACUCAUUCAGUGCAUCACAAACCACAAACGAGCUCAACUCUCGCCCUCAAGCACCGUUUUGGUAGGCUGCGCUGUAAACAACAAAAGAAAAGUUGCUCGUUUUAAACGCUGUACAUAUUAAAUCAUUGGCGGUGUAUGUAAAAACUGUUAGGUUGUGUCACCUAUGUAGCUCUGUAUACCGUGUGUCCAACAGCUGCUUUGCCUCCUGCUUCACAUCAACAGUGUGAGCUUCUGCGUAAUGUUAAGCUGAUAUGUAGUAUAUAAGUACAUGGUAUAGUCAAACAUGAAACAUGUAUGUGCAUAUAUAUAUAUAUUUUUUUUUUUCAGUCAUAUUCACGGUGUUAAAUGUGAACUGGAUGGUGUAGACGCAACAAAAUAAAAUUAAUGUGAUUUGCUAAAUGA